UCCCAUAAAAAAUAAUAAAAAAAAAUCUUUUCAAGUAUCGUAUUGUUUCCAGAAUAAUAAUGGCGACUUUCAAGGUUGUCACAUUUUUUGUCAUUUCAACAGUUUUGGUUUUUGCCUUCAUUGCCAGAGAAGCUGAAGCUGGAUCAAUCAGCAGUGGAGCCAUGGGAGAGAAUAAGCAAUGUGGGCGGUUUAAUAAAGGACCACCAUGCCAGAAGGUACCUGCUAACCCCUAUAACCGAGGUUGUAACAAAGCAAACAAAUGUCGUGGAUCAGGGCCAACUGAAUUUAUAGAGGAGGCGAACGAAGACGAUAAACAUGUCCACAUUAGUACUGACGAUAAUAAACAUGACGAGAGUGACGGGAAAGAUGCAAAGAGUAAGAAAGAUGACGAUAAAGAAAAUCGCAAGGAAAAGGAUGAGAAGAAAAUUAGUACUAACAAAAACGAAAAGGAAAACAAGGACAAUGACCACAAUAGAAAAGAGAAUGGUGUUGAACAAGGCGAAAAGAAAGGUGAGAUGAAAGGUAGCAAUCCCAUGCCAAAGAAGGAUGAUGAGUAAGCCAAUCCAUGAGACAUAAUGCAAUAUUUAUUAUGGACAUGUUAGAAUUUAACUAAGAGGAAAACUAAUGUACAAUUACACAAGGCUCAAGCUUUCACUAAUUAAUUUAAUUAAAAUAUGAAUAUAAUAGGGUAUUAUUUUUGAAUCAUUUUUGUAUUUACUCAAAUAUUAAUGAGUUUUCCACUAUGUCUUCUAUUAAUAUAUAAAGCUAAAUCCG